AUGAAUGAAAAUCAAUAUGAAAUAUUAAUUGAAUUUGAUUUAUCUACAUCAUUUACAAUUCAAUUAGAUGAUAAAAUAUCUACUGUACAAUAUUUACCACCAUUAUCUCUUAUAAUUAAUUAUCAUGAUGAAUAUCCAAGUGAUGAUCCACCAUCAUUUAUUCUCUCAUGUUUUUAUUUUUCUACAAUUGAUUUAGAAAACCUUUGUCAAAAAAUUGAUAAUUUUUCGUUUAUUCCAGGUGAAGUUUGUGUUUAUGAUUGGAUUGAAUUAAUAAAACAAGAAAUAACAAAUAAAUUUAUUAUUCGUACAAAUUUUGAAGAGCAACAAAAUGAUCCACGAGCAUUAAAUGGUUAUACAAUGGAAAAUGCUAAAAAAUUUUUCAAUAUUUAA